AGCCAGCGUACUGCUGCAGCUGUCCAUGAUUGUGUGGUGGGAGCCAGAGAGGGUCCGGGUACGUGCGAGAUGCAGCCAUAGUCACGCUACACUGUCUCAAACAUUACAACCUGCUGGGAUCGUCAGUGCUGCAGCGCAUCAGAGCCGACUGAAAGGUGAGGCCGAAAGCCUGUGGACGUGAGGCAUCAUGGCUGAGCAUCAGAGGCAGCGCUCUCUGUCCACCGCUGGUGAGUCUCUCUACACCGUGUUAGGAGUUGAGAAGGUGGCCACAUCCGAUGAUAUUAAGAGAUCUUACAGGAAACUGGCGCUGAAGUUCCACCCUGACAAGAAUCCUGACAAUCCGGAGGCGGCUGAUAAGUUCAAGGAGAUAAACAACGCUCAUGCGAUCCUGAACGAUCCCACAAAGCGUAAUAUCUAUGACAAAUAUGGUUCUCUGGGACUGUAUGUGGCUGAGCAGUUUGGAGAGGAGAAUGUUAACACUUACUUUGUCCUUUCAAGCUGGUGGGCAAAGGCUCUGUUUGUAUUCUGCGGCCUGGCCACUGGCUGCUACUUCUGUUGCUGCCUAUGUUGCUGCUGUAACUGCUGCUGUGGUAAAUGUAAACCACGGCCUCGGGAGGGCCAGGAGCAGGAGUUUUAUGUGUCCCCCGAGGACCUGGAGGCUCAACUGCAAUCUGAUGAGAGAGAGGCUGGGGGUGAGCCUAUAAUGCUGCAGCCAUCAGCAACAGAGACAACCCAGUUGACAUCGGAUGGGCACCACUCCUACCACACUGACACCGGCUUCAACUAACCCCUCUGUUCCCGUCAAUCCUGGCCUGCGGUCCUGCCUGCUUCCCUGCUCCACCUCCAGUGAGAUGAACGAAAGGGGCAAUCCAUCUUUCCACUUCAGAAAGAGAGCCAUGCGGAGGAGAGGGACUAGUAAGCAUGGCCCAUGAAAGGAACUAAUGAAGUCACACAUCCCUUACACCCCUCCCUGAUUGGUCCACAACUUAACCCCCCCCCCCCCACCCCAACACCCUCCCUCCCUGAUAUGAGAAGAAAAGAGAAACAACUUAAGUUUCCUUUUUAUGUCUUCUUUUGUAUUUCUUGGCCUUUAACCACACAGGUCGCCUACCCCACUCUCCCUCUCCCACAUUCUGCAUCAUGGUGUAGCAUGCACUGUUUAUAAAACAUGGUCUCCAAAGUUUCUCUCAUCUUUUGCAGCAUUUUUAUUUUGCAAGACUCAUAAUGUAGGUGCAUACGUAUGUGCAAUAUGUUCAAAUGAGUACAGUUCACACGGCGGAGGAGGAGGAGGAGGAGGGUGGAGUUUAUGUGAUAUUUUAUGCUGGAGGAGUGGAGAGCCAUGGCUCAGGGAGGUGCUGGUUAGAGAGAGAUGGUCAGUGCCAUCAUUAAACCUUUCGAGAACAGAGUUGUCAUUUAUUAGUGCAAUUUUCACUUCUGAUUCACAAUCAAUGCUUUUGCUUUGUUUUAGUUGAAAACGCCACCUGCCAUCGUCAGACCAACAGUACAGUACGCCUGUGUUUGUCUGUAGUGUGUUCCCCUGAGAGUUUUUAACGUGAAUCAUGAGGUUGUUAAGGCACAGAGCUUUAUUUGCAGACAUUUUUUUAAUUCCAUAAAUGCCUGCUGACGUAAUAAGUUAUUAAUUAGUAUUGGCGUUCCAUUCCUCUGCCUCGGCUUUAUUUCAGCUCCUUUCUGCGGGAUGGAGACGGCUUUCCUGUCUUUCCUGCAGCACUGAACAGGCCGCCAUGACAGUUGUUUUCAAGAUAACUUUCAUGUGGGUUCAUAAUUCUUACAUCUAUUUAUGGCAGGUUUCAGCCCAGGUGGAUUUGUCAUGUUGUCACGACUUUAUGUUGAUCUGUUGUUUUCAGACCUAACAAGAAUCUUUGUUUAAUUUUGUUGCUUUCUUGUCACAUCAGCAGAUACAAAAUGUUGGAUUCAGAAAUUAGAAGCUUGUUAACAUUCAAAUCAUGUAGUUUUUCGCAAGUGAAGGAAAUCUUGUUUUUCAUUUGUGUAAAGUUUGGUAAAGCAUCUUGGUUAUUGGAGUAAUAUGAUGAAUCGCUGCCCUUUUUUUUCUUUGUAUGUUCAUCGCAACAGCCAAAAUAAUACAUUUUUAAAGACGUCACGACUAAUAGAGACUGAAAGAUAUUCAUUUCAUUUUAUUUUUCUUAUUGAUCUGGCGCCAUGUGAAGCCAAGGAGCUCCAGGUAACCCAGCUGGCUCUGAUGAGCUCUGUUCAUAGGUAGAAACAACAGAUCUCCAUCAGCAGCCGACCCGGUUCAGAGGGUGACAUGUUUUUAACUCUGAGUUGUCUUGAAUAUGUUAGGUAGUUAAUGUGAUGUGGAAAUAAAAAACAUGUUACACUCUUCAUAGUCGGGAGAUAAAGCUGACGACAGAGCAUCCGCAUGGGGGGAUGUUUUAGGUAGUGAGAAAUCAGAUUUCUUCAUCAUGUUUUUAGUCCUUGUGUUUUGAACUGAAGUCUGAUGACAUUUCGUCCAAUGCUGUGAUCGUUUUAUCAUUGUCGACUUUUUUGAAUCCAUGUAGAGUAAGAAGCUCGUCAGGCAUAUCAUCUGUGAGCUCCGCGCUACAGGCAGCUCCACGUGAAAAUGAUUUUUCAUAUGACAGAAUUUGCAUAUAUUGCCACACAUUUUGCAAAUUGCCAUAAAUUGCCAUGAAGAUCUUUGCCACUCUGUCAGUUUCAUAAAUGCUAAUAAUGUGUUCCAAUGGUUUACAAUUGGUGAGCUCCUGUCGCCCACCCUCUGCUAUUAACGGUAUGGAUGUUGACCUCUGUGGCCCUUGUAUGAUGUUUCCUGUAACCCUUGAUGAAACAUAGAUGUUCCUGUCAUGGCUUUUUCAUUGAGAUACUGAAAAAUGCUACUGUAAAUGUUCUAAGUUGAAUGCACUGUGUGUUUAAAAAAACUAUAAUGGAUCAAUGAUCAGGAAACAACUCCACAAAAAGACAACAUAGUAUAUAGUGUAACUAUAGUGAAAUGGUUAUAUGAUGCAUUUUUGGAAUUUUAUUUAUUUCAUACUUGAUGAUAGCUAUAAUUUUAACUGGUAUGGUGUUGUAAUGUAACCAUUACAUUUUGCAAGGAAUGGUUUAAUGGUUACGGUCGCUUGUACAUACACUUGGCCCAUAUAAAGUAUAAACCUUAACGUUUAUGUUGUAGCAUGGUAAUUGUGUGUCUGGAAGAAAACAAGUGGAUCAUUGAUCUGAUUUGCUGUUGUUGAAUAAAUGUUCCUGAACAUUUUGA